UGAACACUGAUUGCCAAGUGCUCCGUCUCCCGAAUCUUCUUCAACCAGCACAAAGACAAUACAAGCUCAAUCACAUAAACAGAGAUUUAAAGUUUCGAUCUUUUUAAACGAAAAAUUGAUUUAAAAAGCUUUAAUUAUCUACGCAAAAUUGGAGAAAAACCCACGAUAAUAACAAGCUGUUAAUAACUUGGAGGUUUCAAGAAAACUUUAGCAAGAUCUAAAGUAAUGGUGGAAUUGGAGGAGCAGCAGAGUCCAUCAGCAGAUCAAAAUGGUAAUGAUGAUUUCAUCACUGAAGGUGCUUCAGCUGUGCAUGGAGAACCUCCUCAAGAAGAAAAUGGUCCCCCCGAAGUUCAUUCCGAUGUUGAAGUUCUUCAUGAGAAAGUGUCAAAGCAAGUUAUAACAGAAGGUCAUGGUCAGAAGCCAUCAAAAUAUUCGACAUGCUUUCUGCAUUACAGAGCAUGGACUGAAAGCACCCUACACAAAUUUGAAGAUACAUGGCACGAGCAACAACCCCUCGAGCUUGUCUUGGGAAAAGAGAAAAAAGAAAUGACAGGGCUGGCUAUUGGCAUUUCCAGCAUGAAGUCUGGAGAACGGGCACUUUUACAUGUUGGUUGGGAACUUGGGUAUGGAAAAGAAGGAAGCUUUUCUUUUCCAAAUGUUCCACAAAUGGCAAAUAUUAUAUAUGAAGUUGAGUUAAUAGGUUUUGAUGAAACCAAAGAAGGGAAACCGCGCAGUGACAUGACAGUAGAGGAGAGGAUUGGCACAGCGGACAGAAGGAAGAUGGAUGGGAAUGCAUUAUUCAAGGAGGAAAAACUUGAGGAGGCUAUGCAGCAGUAUGAAAUGGCCUUAGCAUAUAUGGGAGAUGAUUUCAUGUUUCAGUUGUUUGGAAAGUAUCGGGACAUGGCUUUGGCGGUAAAAAAUCCUUGUCACCUCAACAUGGCCGCAUGUCUGAUAAAGCUCAAGCGAUAUGACGAAGCCAUUGCACAGUGCAGCAUUGUGUUGGUCGAGGAUGAAAACAACGUCAAAGCACUGUUCAGACGCGGAAAAGCUAGAGCUGAACUUGGACAAACGGAUGCAGCUCGUGAGGACUUCCUAAAGGCUCGUAAAUAUGCACCUGAUGACAAAGCAAUUGUGCGGGAGUUACGCCUGUUAUCAGAACAUGACAAGGCUGUUUAUCAGAAACAAAAGGAACUCUACAAAGGAUUAUUUGGACCGAAAUCUGAUCCCAACCCAAGACCAAAGAAUUGGCUGAUUUUGGUUUGGCAAUGGCUGCUGUCCAUAUUCUAUCGUCUUUUCAAGCUUAAGAAGCCGAAGGCUGAAUAAUAUUAGGCAGGAGACUGGUUGUGAAGAUAAUAAGAUGGGUUGUGAAAUUGUGUCUACUUUUUGGUACUCAUUUUUAGCCAUCCUCAACUGUGCUUGUAUCUUUCAACGAAGAGAAUUGUGCUAUUGAACCAACAUUUCAGUUUAAAUGAGCAUGUUUGUCCAA